AUGCAUCCGCAAGUGCGACGAGACGAGGCAAUCCGGGAUACCAAUCAGCUGAAAAUCAACUGUGACGUCUACAACUACGGCGAGGAAGCUGGUACUCGCAAGGAGCGACUCCCCUUCGACAAAAGGCACAGCGUAUACACGGGGGCUCGUGCGGGACACACAGCUGUGGUGGCAAGCUACAGCCAGCUGCAAAACCUAAAGGAUACCGAGAGUGCGCGUGAGCAGCGGCACAAGCUUUUCCUCCGCAUUAUUCUUGACGAAGCUCAAUGUAUCCGUAGAUGCGAUCGGACUCGACAAGGUAAUAUUCUCAUGUCAUUCGAUGCACAUUUCAAGGCCGUCUUCACAGGAUCCCCUGUUGUUGACACUAUCCUGGACUUCGAUGGGUACUUGGCUUUCCUAGAGUUCGUCGGAUGGGGAUGGGUCGCCGAUCUAAACUCAACCCACAGCACCGAAGAGGUUCGAAAGUCGCGGUACGACAAGUUCAAGGAAGGCCUGGCUACCGGUGUCAACAACCGCUCUGAGCCCCUCGAAGAUUGGCACAGCGACUGCAGCUCGGUGGACGAGCUAGAUACUCAACAAAUUAAGGGGUCCAUCGAAGACGGGUGGCAGUGCUCGCACUAG